ACAUCACUUGGUUACCCCGUUUGUUUACAUCUUCACGAUCAAUUGAGCAUUUGAACUGAUGAAAUAACAAUUAAAUGCAAUCAAUAUGUCUAUCAAAACGCGUAAGAUGAAUGAUUUAGUAGACCCCAUCGUAGUGCAGGUGGAUAAAUUAGGUCAAUUAUUGGAGGAUAACAAGAAUGAUCCAGUGGACACAGCUUCUGUGAAAUCAAUUCUUGUCUCCGAACUGAGCGUAUUAAUCGACAAACUCGAGCAGUUCGAGAGUGAAUAUUGCGACGAUAGCUGUAAUUAUAAAGAGAUGAAGAAUAAAAUUACGAAAGUAAUUCAGGAAUUCUGUGCAAUGUCAGCUCCAUCGAUUCUCCGACAUCCGGAUCCCAAAGUAACAGCUGUCAAGUUCUUGGAGAAACUAAAAAGCGCCUUGAGGAAUCUGGAAGAUCUCGAAUGCUUGGAGCUGAAGCGACAGGUACAGCACGCCAUGUUUUAUGUACAAGAAAUGGGUGAAGCUAACGAGAUAGAGGCCCUCGAGAACAUAAAGGAACUUGGGGAGAACCUUCUAAAUAUGCUCGAGCCCCUCCAAGACUAUGGCAAGAGCCUCAUCAAUAAAUCUCUGAAAGAGAAACUUGCAUUAUAUAUCUGCCAAUUAUGUUCUGCCUUCGCCAUGCUCAUGAAUGUAAUUCAGUUUCAACACGAGAUCCAUCUCCCUCUCUAUAGCUCCAAGAGCUACAUCUGCGAGAGGAUCUAUGAGUGUUUGACAAGGAUAAUCGAUAUUUUCGAGGAAAAUAAUCCAGAAGCUGAAGGAAAAGCGGAAAGAAUCGACCAUUUCGUCUAUAAAAUGGAUGUGGCCCUAGAUCUGAUGGCUGGUCUAUCCAGUAAACCCCAGGAUGAGCAGAUUCUCGAAUGUAAGAAGCUAUGGAUUGCUAUGGAGGAUGUAUUCUCCCACGCCAUGGUGAUUGCUCAAGUUUGCAAUCCUGACAGUUUUAAGGCUAUCACCGGAGUCUGCCAGUCGAUUAUGUCUGAGUACGACAAUUUGAAGGAGCAGAUAUCCUCGGAUAAGCCUGACUUCAUGCUGAAUUCGCUGUUUAUCAAUACCUUCACCGACACUUUGUACAGACUCGAGAGGAAGGUCAAUGUUUCUGUGCUCUCUCUGGUGCUCGACGUUUUCAGUGAACCUUUUGGAUCGUUGAAAAAACUUGUCAAGAUGUGCGGUUAUAAUCUGACUCCUGACAAGAGGAAUAAGCAAGAUUUGAAAGAUUUUAUUGAGGAUUUGGAUCAGGUGACUGAUAAAGUCAUGCAGGUGGGACUGUAUGCCAUUGCCUGCUGCAAUGAUAUCAAUCGAGUUACCAAGAUAAAAAAUCAUAUGGCAAGUCUGGAGUCUCUGGAAGCCGAGCUGGUUCCCUCCAUAAUAUCAUUUUACCUCCACCCUGAUAAUGAGGAGAGACGAGUGAAUGUCAAGUUAUUUACGUCUCAGUGGCAAUCAGAUAUGAAUAAGCUGAGGAGUGCAAUAGAUCUGAUCAUUGAUUCUUCUGCUUUCUGCCAGGUGGUCCUGGAUGACUUGCAGGAGAGAGUUCAGGGGAUGUCCGAUGAUCUUGACAAUUGUCAGCCGAUUACUCAGAGCCAAGUGCAGAGUAUCGUGCAGAAGGCUUGCACUUUAGCCACCCAGAUCACAGCCGCUGUUGAUGAUAUUGGGAAGGACAAACUUGAUAGACAGACCAUUAUGAUGAUUCGAGAGCUAAAAGCUGCUAUCUUUGAGGCUGAUACUGCAUCCAAGAGUCUUUUGAAAGAUAAACCGACUGCGCCACAGCAAUUGAGAGUCAUUAAAAGAUGUGAACUAUUGGUCAAUGUUGUUAGGCGUUUGCAACCAGCCCUCAUAGUCGUCAUGAACUACUCUCAAAGGGCAACAGGUUUAUUUGAAAAAAGCAGAAGCCAUGAUAAGUCCAGUUUCAAUUUACCAUCGAGUGUUCAUGAUCUACCAAGAGAUGAAAAGACUCUAACCUUUAUCAAGACACCCUACACCGUAAAGACCCAUAAGCCGAUUGUCUCCAUCCAGUCCAAGGGAAGUAUGAAGAAAUCACAGGUUGGUCUCUCAUGUUUGAUCCCCUAUAUUGAGAAAGGACGAACCAUGAGGAUGGAGAGGACAAUUAUCAUGUACACAACGCCAAAGACCCAGGGACACGAGAAGAACGAUGAGAACAAGAAUACAGAGGGUGAUAAAAAUUCCAACAGUCUGAUGAGGAAUUCGUCCUAUGUUAGGCAGCAUCUCUUCUCGAGGGAUACCUUUGACAGCGAUAGGGACUUGGAUCUCGCCUCGGAGAGUUGGAACUUGACCGCAAUUCUUGAACAAUUGUCUAAUUCGACGAGUUCCUUCUCGUCGGGAGACGGCCACAGUAGGAGUGAGGAAAAUUCAUCUUUUACAGAUGAGAGGGUGAGCUCGUACUCGAGUAGUGGGGAAGGUGAUGCACCUGCCGUUGUUGGGACUCCCGACAGUAUUGGGGAUAUUCGACAAAUUAAUAAGAAAAUUGAGGUCUUGAAGACAAAUUAAUUGAUUUGUUUUUAUUUUUAUGUAGUUAGUGUUUGGUAACUAUUGAGAUAUUUGUGCUGUAAUUAUAAUUCAGAUUUUUGCGUACCUUGGUUUGUAAAGUUCAGGGAAGAAUGUCAUUUAAUAAAAAAAUUUAUAAUGAUAUAU